UUAUAGGUCUGUACCUACUAUCUCUCAGGUACCUCUCAUAAUAAUUUGUAUGAAACUGUCAUUCUGUCGCUGUCAACAAUUCAAACUGGUAAAAGACUGCAGAAAACUUCAAGCAUGUUUAAUCUAAUUAAGAAAGACAAGGAGAAGGAGAAGGAAAAGGACCUGGGCAAGAAGGACAAGAAAGACAAGAAAGAGAAGAAAGAGCGUAUGUCCCAGGCAGAGUUAAAGAGCCUGGAAGAGAUGAGCAUACGUAGAGGCUUCUUCAACCUCAAUCGAGGGAGCUCUAAGAGGGAGUCUAGGAGCAGGUUGGAGAUCUCUAGCCCGAUCCCAAUCAAGGUGGCCAGCAACAUGGAGCUCAGCCUGACCAAACUGGAGGCUGAGCGCCUUCACAACACCAUGGAGCAGGAUAUGGGGCAAAUAAGCACAAGUACUUCUGGUGAAAACAUAAAGGGAAGUGAGCUGGUACACCACCGCAGCUCUGUAAAGGAGAGAGCUGCAAAGUUUGGGGAACUGGCCAAGUUGAAUUCGGUGGUAGGCCAUAGGCACGUGUCUUUUUCCCUGAAGAUCAAUGAGGACGGUCCUUUGGAGGCGUCGAAUCUUUCUGGGCAGAACUGGACUACAUCUUCUUUGAAGUCCCACCCCAACCCAAAAGGCACUGGCGUGGUUCACAUUCCUGAGAUGGUGGAGAAGACCUUCCCAGGUGCAGACCUACAGUUGCCUGUGCUCGUUGCUCCACCAAUACCAGAUCCAAGAGAGCUGGAGCUACAGCGGCGCAACACUGGGGAUUUUGGCUUCUCUUUGCGGAGGACCACCAUGCUGGACAGGAAGCCUGAUGGAGGAGUGUGUCGGCGUGUGGUGCACUUUGCCGAACCAGGUGCUGGGACCAAGGACCGGGCUCUGAGCCUGGUGCCGGGGGACAGGCUGGUGGAAAUCAAUGGCAUCAAUGUGGAGAACAAGAGCAGGGACGAGAUCGUGGAGAUGAUCCGUCAGUCUGGAGAGACAGUCCGGCUGAAGGUGCAGACGAUUUUGGAGCUGAGUGAGUUGAACCGCAGCUGGCUGAGGACUACUCAAGGCCUGCGCAAAGAAGUCUUUGAUGUAAGUACUGUUGAGUGAAUAGAUUCUAACUUUUAAGCUCAAAUUCCACGUUUAUUGAUUCUAUUUCUUCAGUGCCAUCU